GAUUCAAAAAUAGACAAUAGUAAACAAGUUGUGUAUGUAUAUACAGUGAAUCAUAUAUAUCUCUUGUUUGCAAGAAAUUUUUGUAAGUUUCUCAAUAAUGGAGCUCGAUGAAUUGGAGCAAUCUGCGAAGAGUCUAAACAUGGUGCUCAACAAGUUCCCAAUCGGUGCGAUUUCAUUAAACGAUUUCAAACCAGUCGAGGAGAAGAUCCAGACGGCCAGAGAGUCCCUGAUGCAUUUGAAUGCCAGGUUAUUAAUGCUUCAAGCAAAGUACAAACAAUAUACAGAUGACGGACAAAGACAGCAGGAAGAAGAAUCCACUGGAGUUGCAUUGCAGAAUAUUACAAGUGACACACUGAUAAACGCCAAGGCUAUCAAAUUAUGUCUUCAUAGUAUCACUAUUCUUUCUAUUCUCAGUAAUAAGGAAGGCGAUGUAGAAGACCAAAAUAAACUCUAUUCUUAUAUGAGUAAACUACUUGCUUUCAAUGACAGUAUUAUGACCACUCAAGAGGUCAUUGAGAAAGAAUCUCGACUACAAUUAGACUUGAAAGUAGAAUGCCACAAGGCAUUGUUUGAGUACAAGAAUUUUUUAAAGGAACAGGAACAGAUUCGAAGUGAGAGAUUACAAGAAACAUAUCCUGAAAUUGUAGAGAGAAAAAACAAAAUGGAAAAAACUUUACGAAAAAUAAAUAUAAUGAAGAAACUUAUUAGAAAUUUUAUAGCAUCAAGCAGUCAUAUGCUAGUAGAACAGCCCAUAUUGUUAGAGAUGUUGGAGAAGCACAGAGAACUAAUAAAUGUCGAAACAAUACUCAAAAUUUCCCAAAAUCGUGAAAACAUUGAAGAUGUAUAACAGAGGUAGAGAGAGAAAGAUAUAGAAUGAAAGAAAUCUCAAAGAAAAAAUACGCACAGAAUUCAAUAUGAACUUUUUUUCUCUUUUCAUACUUGCCAAGCGCAAUGGACACAACACAUAUUUACAAGAAUAAGCUUCCACGCAAAUCUCAAUAGUCUCUUUUUCUUUUUCCCCCCCUUUUUUUUUUAAGUUCUAUUGAAGUGUCUUGUCAGACAGUGUUUUGUAUAAGUUACUUGUUAAAUAAAGCUUAAUUAAUAUUGUAUAUAAGUUAAAAAUUAAAUAUAUAGAAUAGUAAUCACAGCAUAUGUAUAUAUAGUAAACUUUUCACUAUAGGGGAGAUGUACAUAUUCAUGUCUUUAAAAACGGUAUAGCCGAGAGAUUUUCCCUUAUAUGAUUAUAUAUAUAUAAUUUAUGUAUUAUACAUAUAUAAUAUUAAACACCGUGUGCGAUAAAAUGCAAAUGUAAGACAACCAAUUUUUCUUUUUUUUUUUUUUUUAUAGUCCGGUAUAUGUAUAUCAUUCAGUCUCGUUGUAUAUAUUUCGUCCACUUUUUAUGUAAACCACUCUCUCCUCUUAUCCACAAUCAUAUGUAUAUGACUAUAUAUAUAUAUAUAUAUACACACAGUUGUCAUACACAUGCGUGUGUGUGUGUAUGUAUGUAUGCGAACACACAUAUAAUUUUCAUAGUAAUGUCAAAACAAUUUAAUCACUAUAUACGUAAAGUGGAUCAAUUCAAGACGACCGAAAAGAAAACGAAUCCAUCUAAAGGAAGCUGCAUUGAAUUUUAUCAGAAGAUGUAAUGUUCGGAUUAUAUACGGAUUUGGAUUUUAUGUUAUCUGGCAAAAUCGAAGGGAAACAAUCUCAUAAAAUGUACGUGAUACUAUUUCUAUAAAAAAAAUUUAUACAAAUAAAACGUAAUUUCCAGGGUUGAGAGCAAAUUAUUUUUUUUAGUAACUAUAAUGGUAACGGCCUUACAAAUUUUAUUUCUAAUAGAAAAUGUAACUAUUAUAACGAAAAUAUAUAAUGAAUUUAAUAGAUACAUAUAUUACCUUUUUGAAUCUAUUGAAGAUAUUUUCAUAUAAAUAAUGAUCAAGAGUGUUGAAACGCAACAUUAUAUAAAAACUGUUGGACAUUUACAGUAUUUAAAAGUUUUUUUUAUUCAAACUUAAUUAUCAAAAUUAGUUUAUAUCAAUCAAAAUUUAUAUUUUAUUUCAAUCAAGUAAACGAUAUCAUUAUUAAAAUUAUAUCACUUGUGUUAUAUAUUUUAAUAUAAAAUAUUAUAAAUUUUUAAAUAUGUAAAUUUAAUCUUGCAUUAGCAUUUAAAAAAAUAAUGGAAAUUGUAACGACUCAUUGCGAUUUAAGUAAUGAUAACGAUGAGUUAUUUUUCAAAAAAAGAAGUCUCAAUCCUGGUAAUUUCGUUCUUAUUUCAUUAGCUUCUUCCUAAAGAACACAUCCAUUUCUCGGCAUUAUUUCGAUUACAUAAUAAUAAAAAAUUAUCACGAUAAAGAUACUAGUCUCACACUGAUAAUAUCGUACUGAAAAAAUUACGUUUGUUAUAAUGUAACUCUAUAUGUAGACACAAAUUGAAGUAAAGAUACGUUUUGUAUUGGACAUUAAUUUUCUAUUUUUUUUGUUUUUGUUUUGUUUUGUUUCCUUAGUUCAAUUUUUCACUCUGUUUCUCCUCGUGUGUUUUUUGCACAUUGCAAAAAUGAUACUUCACAGACGCACGCACGCACGAUCGCUUUAUACCGUCUGAUUUUAUGUUUCUUGUCUCGUAAAAAAAAAUUCGUGUAUUCUAUAAUAAAAUAUUAAAUGCACAUGCACGCAUACACAACACAAGCGUACGAUACCACAAAUGCACGUAAUCUGCUAAUUUUAUGAAAACGGCGAUUUAUUAUGAUUGUUAGCAAUUAUAGCAAUUUUAUUUUUCAACAAUUCGUCCAUUAAAACAAUACGAACAUAUAGUAAGUCAAAAAUGUGUAUGCGUAUAAGCCUCACUAUGCGCGUCAUUUGACUUUCUCCAUACAAGAGACUAUAUAUAGUGCUUAUUAUAACUUAAUCUCAUGUGUUUCAUUGAGACGGUGGUUCUCUCCAACACUCAUAAAUCGACGAUAUCAAAAUACAAUAACUAAACGAUCACAACACACGAGGGAAAACGUUAACCAAUUUCUUUCCUCCAAGUUACACUUUAUAAGAUAUUUUAAUAGUUACGCAGCCUCAUUUCCAUAGAUACGCACGAUCGCGGUAUCGAUAUAUCAAUAUAUCAUCGCCGUUUGUCGACGAGGGGAAUGAAAGACAUGGGGAUACAUCGAUCCUGAUCCACAAUCUAUUCGUAUCAUUUACAAAACAAAAA